ACAGUGCCAACAGGACUCUCCAUACAGCUGAGACACCUGGGGUUGAAAGGGCAGGAACACUGUGUCUUGCCAAAAGAAAAGGUCCUUGGCCAUGGCACAUGUGGUGAAACCCCAAAAGUACCAAGUCGACCUAGAUAUGUACCAAAGCUCAUACAUGAUCGACUUCAAGCCCUUCGGGAAGCACAAAUACUCCAGAGUCACACCACAAGAGCAGGCCAAGCUUGACGCUCAGCUCCAAAGCAAAGAGUUUUACCGGCCCAAGCCCAGCCCCAACCCCAAACUGGAGGAUGGGUAUCCUGCUUUCAAAAGAGUCCACAUGACUGCCCUAGACUUGGGAGUUCCUGGCUUCUUCCCGCCACGAGACUCAACGGCUAAGAAGGAUGAUGGCAGGUUUACCACCACCUGCCAUUACGCGUACCCAGCUUCCCUGGCUCUGUACCUGUCGCAGUACGACCCCUACUGGCUCCACCAGAGGGCAGAUUUCCCGUGCCUCAUGGAACCAGAGCGGCAGCCUGCUCCAGAAGUGGGCAAAGGCUACCUUCUACUCCCUGGCUGUCCCUGUGAUCAUCACCAGAAGGUCAAGGUCCCCAUCUUGAAUAGGUGGGGCCCCUUGAUGCCGUUUUACCAGUAGAAGUGCGAGAAUACCCGCUGUCUCAAUGUAUGAAGGAAUUCCAUGCCGAUGCUCACAGAGAAGGCUCCCAAAAAAUAAACCGGGAAGAUGUUCCUUUUGCCAAGGGGUAUUGCUUCAUCAUAAUCCGGGUCUCAUCUCAGUGCAAAAGGAGGGAAGGAAGGAGGGAAAAUCGGUUUGUGUGCUGAAUCGAA